CAACACUCGUAUGUAUCCUAGCGUCUCAUUGGGCUGCCGGUGUCAUGUGACCACAGUGGCUAUGGCGACGUUUGGUGUUGCGUUGCCUUGGUGACGCCGACAGGGAGGUGAUGGAGUACACGGGCAGUCAGUACCAUGGGGAGCAGCGCAAUGGACGACUGGAAGGUAAAGGAGAGUACGUCCUCCCUACAGAAACCCGCUAUGAGGGAGAGGUGAAAGAUGGAAUGUUUCAUGGACAGGGAACACUGUACUUUCCAAAUGGAAGUAAAUAUGAUGCUCAGUGGGACUGUGGCAUAGCAAUAGAGGGAAAAUACACUUUUGCAGAUGGACUUCAGUAUGAAAAGGAGAAAUGGCAUUACUGUGAUGGUUAUGACAGAAGAUUUUAUACGGAAAUGUGUUCUGGUUUGAAACCUGCAGGUAGCUCCCAACUCACAAAUCUGGAUCCUCCUCGACAAAUCCCAGAAGGCCAUUAUGAUUGUGGCGAUGGAUUUUAUGACCCAGUCUCUCGUGUUGUGACUGACUACCAGCACCGAUUUCUGAGAAAUGCCGAUGAUGAUGAACAUGAAUGGAUAAUUCAAACCUGUCGCAAGGGAUGGGAUGAGAUUGUUGGAUACAGACCUAAAUACUAGCACUGCCGUCAGAUGUUUUCCGGAACAGCUCACCUGCAAUGUUCAUAGAAGCACAAACCAUUUACCAGAUAAUGAAUGCCAUUCUGUAAAAUGCAUUUGAAUACAUCAAGCAAAUGACAAUGUUAGAUUUUAUUCUAUUGUCCCCUACAUAUUUUUUUCGAAUUGUUUAAAAAAAAAAAAAAGGGGUCACUGUCUUUUGUUCUGAGAUCAGUCAUACAAAAAUAUACAUUUUAUCAGUA